AUGGAGAAAACUGGGAUUUGUGCUUCAUUCCUCACCACCUGUCUCAUUCUGAUCAUGUGUCUCUGCCCCCUGGUGAGUCCCUUUUGCCCCGCCCAGUGUGUCUGUGAAACCCGCCCAUGGUACACUCCACAAUCUGUUUACCAUGAGGCCAAGACAGUGGACUGUAAUGAGCUGCACCUGAAUGGCAUUCCUUGGAACAUUUCAGGUGAUACUCAGGUGUUACUCCUUCAGAGUAACAACAUUUCAUCUGUGACGAUGGAACUUCACAAUCUCGUAAACCUAACUGAGCUGGACCUCUCACAAAACCACUUCAAACAGAUUCAAGACACGGGGCUGACCAAUCUAACCCAUCUCGUGACUCUCUUCUUGGAGGAGAAUCAGUUGAAAGAAUUACCAGAUUUCUGCUUGAAGGAUUUGGUCCAUUUGGAGGAACUCUACAUUAACCAUAACCAGAUUUCAUCCAUUGGUCCGAAGGCUUUCUCAGGCCUAGGAAACCUGCUUAGGCUUCACCUCAACUCAAACAAACUGGUUGCCAUAGAUAGUCAUUGGUUUGAAUCCCUUCCCAAUUUGGAGAUCCUUAUGAUAGGGGAGAAUCCUAUUCUGGGCUUGCAGGACAGGAACUUCCACCCCCUUUCCAAACUGCAUAGUCUUGUGCUAGCUGGCAUGGGGCUCAGGGAAGUACCUCCAGGGGCAUUCCAGGGUCUUGAGUACCUUGAGAGUCUCUCCUUCUAUGAUAACAAGCUUACAGUGGUGCCCAAAAAUGCUCUCCGUGUGUUACCAAACCUCAAGUUCCUGGACCUUAACAAGAAUCCCAUUGUCCGUGUACAAGAGGGUGACUUCCACGAUUUCCCACAUCUGGAGGAACUGAGUUUGAACAACAUGGAGGAAUUACUAGCUGUCGAGAGGGGUGCAUUCUCCAACCUCCCAGAGAUGGCAAAACUGGAGCUUUAUAACAAUCCACAUCUAUCUUAUAUUGACCGUGCUGCUUUCAUAGACAUGGGUGGUUUGCGCACUUUAUUGGUUCAUAAUAAUGACCUCAGUCUCUUGCCUCAUGAGAUUUUAUCCUCCUUCCCCAGCUUGGAUGAAAUCAGUCUCCACAGCAACCCAAUCAGGUGUGAUUGCCUCUCAAAUUGGGGGACAGUCUUUGGAAACCAGUCAACUCUCAAGCUACUGGAAUCUCAAAUCACCCUCUGUGCCUCUCCACCACAUCUUGUUGGCCGUGCACUCCAGGAAGUGGUGUCAACCAGCUGGAAUGUUGUCAGCAACACCUGUCUGCCUCACAUUUCCCUUCAUGCCUUCCCUCCUCAACUCAAUGUAACUGCAGGACAGCCUCUGACUCUUAACUGUUGGGCUGUGGCUGACCCUGCCCCUCAGUUCUACUGGGUAACCCCCACAGGUGACAAAGUCACCUCAGAGACUGUCUCAUCAGUCCUGACCGAAGACAGUGGCAGCAAGAAGCACCGGUUGCAGGAUCAAGGAGCUCUUGAGAUCUUACAUGUGGAACUGGAAGACGCUGGUCUCUAUACGUGCGUAGCAUGGAAUGCAGAGGGUGCAGACACACGGAGUGUCUCAGUGCAUGUUGACAGGGGUGACUGGCACGGUGACCAUCCGAGUGUAGGUGAACGAGGAGUUGUGAACACCACUGGAGCUCUGGUGGUCCUGGCUAAGAUCAUCCAUGCCCAGUCUGUGGUAUUAGAGUGGAAGCUUUACCCAUCUCAGCCCAUGCCAAACCACGAGGCACCGCAGCCAAAGUGGGUUAGUGCCACUAUGAAGAUUGACAAUCCACAAAUCAGUUAUACAGCUAUGGUUCCUGUAGACGUUCAAGAGUACAACCUCACCCACCUUCUGCCCUCAACAGAGUAUCGUGUCUGUCUCACCAUGGCAGCCACAGAGCAACAGACUCAGCACUCCUGUAUCAAUGUGACUACCAAGGAGGCCAGUUUUGCUGUGGAGAUGGUGGCCCAGCCUGCUAACGUUGCCUUGGCAGCAGUAAUGGGCUCCAUGUUUGCCAUCUGCAUCAUGGCCCUGCUAGUUGUCUAUAUGGGCCGGCGCAUGAAGCAGAAGUCCUGUCAUCACUCUCUGAAGAAAUAUAUGCAGCAUGCCACCACCAUUCCUUUGAACGAGUUCUACCCUCCUCUCAUAAAUCUUUGGGAAAAUGAGACAGAGAAAGAGAAAGAGGGCUCAGUCGACCCACAGAACUCACAGAUUGACACCUCAAAGACAUACAUGUGGUAA